UUUCCCCUGUCUAGAAUGAGUGAAGACUCGCCAGGCCCGGCCGAGUGCGGGUGCUCUUGGGGACAGGACACCCUGGGACGCCCAAGGGCUCGUCCGGCGCCCCCAGUCUAAGACACCCUCAGCCUGGGUCUCUGGAAACGCGCGAGACCUGGAAAAUUCUCGGAACACACGAGGAAAGCUGCAAGAUAGAAAUGAAUGUUUCGUUAAAUGCUUCUGUACAUGACAUGUCAACUUUUGUAAAUGUUACGUUCAGUAUUUGUGAAAAUUUCAUUAAUUUGGAAACAAUUUGUAGAUUUUGUACCAUCUGAAUCCUGGGGCGCUGGGGUUGAACCUGGUGGUGGAGGAAGCAGAAACCAAAGCGAAGCACGUGAUAAAGCAGGUGGAAUGCAUCGAUGAGCAUCAUUCCAAUGAGGCCCUGGAGGAGAUGAUGCCGCUGCUGAAGCUGCGGCACGCCCACAUCUCUGUGUACAAAGAGCUGUUCAUCACGUGGAACGCGGAGAUCUCCUCGCUGUUCCUCUGCCUGGUGAUGGAGUUCCACGAGGUCAGCUUCCACGAUGUCAUUGAGCGCAAGAGGAAGGCGAAGGAAGUCAUUGAGCCUGAGUGGCUGCAGGACGUGCUCGGCCAGGUGCUGGACGCGCUAGAUUACCUGCACCAGCUGGACAUCGUCCACAGGAACCUCAAGCCCUCCAACAUCGUCCUCAUCGGCAGCAGCCACUGCAAACUGCAGGACCUGAGCCCCAACAAGCUGAUGACCCACGAAGCCAAGUGGAACAUUCGUGCGGAGGAAGAUCCUCUCCAUAAAUCCUGGAUGGCCCCCGAAGCCCUCAAAUUCUGCUUCAGCCCGAAAUCCGACAUCUGGUCGCUGGGCUGCAUCAUCCUCGACAUGACCACCUGCUCCUUCCUGGAUGACACAGAAGCCAUGCACCUGCGCAAGUCCCUCCGAGAGAGCCCGGACAACCUGAAGGACGUCCUGCAGACGAUGGAGGAGAAGCAGAUUCCAGACGCCAAGACCUUCGUGUUUCUUUUGCCCCUGAUGCUCCCGAUCAGCCCCUCGGAUCGCAUCACCAUCCGGGAGGUGAUACACAUCACUUUCGUGAGCAACCAGUUCAAGUCCUCGUGCGUGGCUCUGACCCUGCACCGGCAGACAGUGCCCGAGUCCAUCACCGACAUGCUGUUAGGGAGCAAUAUCGCCAGCAUUGUAGAGGUCAUGCAGAACUUCUCCAGCCAGCCCGAGGUGCAGCUCCGGGCCAUGAAGAGGCUCCUGACGAUGCCCGAGGACGAGCUAGGUCUGCCGUGGCCCAUGGAACUGCUGGAGGUGGUGACCACCGUCAUGAAGCAGCACGAGAGGAUCGCUGACAUACAGCUGUGCGCCUGCUCCCUGCUGCUGCACCUCCUGGGCCAAGCGCUCAAGCGGGACCCAGAAGCUGAGGCUCCGAGCGACAGCUCGGUCCUCUCUACCCUGCUGAGCAUCCUGCGGAGCCACCCCGAGGUGGAGCAGCUCAUCACCCUGGUGUACAGCCUGCUGUCCAUCAUCGCCAGCCAGGCAUCGGUCUCGGAGGAGCUGCUGAAGGCCGGGCUGUUGGAGCACAUCCUAGAGCACCUGGACAGCUCUCCCGAGAACAGGGACAUCUGCGUCAAUGGCCUGAGCCUGCUCUGGUGCCUCCUGGCAGAUGCUGUCACGGUGGACAAGGCGGUCUUGGAGAAGGCCCCAGCCCUCCUCGUCCAGGUGCUGGACACCUACCCCACGGACGCGGAAAUGGCCGAGGCUGGCUGCGCGGUGCUCUGGCUGCUGUCCUUGCGGGGCUGCAUGAAGGAGAGCCAGUUCGAACCGGUGGCAGCAGUGCUCCUGCAGAGCAUCCGCCUGUGCCAGGACAGAGUCCUGCUGGUGAACAACGCCUACCGGGGACUGGCCAUCCUCGCCAAAGUGUCAGAGCUGGCGGCUUUCCAGGUGGUGGAGCAGGAGGGGGACACCAGCGGCCUUAGCCUCAUCAAGGAGACCUACCAGCUCUACAAGGACGACCCCGAUGUGGUGGAGAGCGUCUGCAUGCUGCUGGCCAACCUCGUUUCCUAUAAGGAGAUCCUGCCCGAGCUGGUGGCCCACGGCAUCGACACUCUGGCCCGGGAGAUCAAGGAGCGCUUCACCUCCAGCGUGGAGCUGAUUUCAUACGUGGAGCAAGCGCUUCUGAGGCUGGAGGCGGUAUCAGACACACCUCCUUGUCCCUUGGAAAGGAAGCCGCCAGGCGCUGGUGCCAGGGAGGAGGCAGGCACCCCACAGGACCCCCUCCUCCACGAGUGCCCUCUCCCCCUGCCCUGAAGUGCCCGCCCUUCCUUUCCCUGCAUAGCCAGAGCUGCCCAGUGGUGGAGGCGACGUUUUCCUGGGGGGGGGGGGGGGGGGGCAGAGAAAAAUGGUCACUGGGACCAGUAUGUGUAUCUUACACUCUGAAGGGACUAAUAAAGAGACCCAAGGCCGUUCCUGGUGUGCCUCCACUGUUCGCGGAGACAGGCCGUGACUGCCAGUGUGGGGGCACUCCACCCUGCAUCUACACAAACCCUGCUGCUGGUGGGGCUGGGCAGCGGUCUGGACACAGGGCCCUUUCAGACCAUUCCAAUGAGGGACGACGCCAGACCUCCACAGUGCAUGCGAAGCAAACAUCUGCAUCUAUUUCAAAUAAUGUCCUCAGGAGGUUGGC